UUGCUUGUGUUGUGUCAUGUCAACCGUGUAUGUGGAGUGUUUUGUGUUGUGAGUGAAUGUAGAAUUUUCGCGAUUAAUCGUUGUCAUGUGGUUCUGUGUGCGGAUCGUUAGAUAAACAGCAAUAGAACUGUGAUAGAAUUUCUGGAGCAUCCAACGCCGUGGAAUGGUUCCUGUGUGUUGGCAUUGUCUUGUUCAUUUGUGCGGUUGAGGUGAGCUCGGCACCAUGGGGAAACUACUCUCGAAAAUCUUCGGUAACAAGGAGAUGAGGAUAUUGAUGCUGGGACUCGACGCUGCUGGAAAGACUACUAUUUUAUAUAAGUUAAAAUUAGGUCAGUCAGUCACAACGAUACCUACGGUCGGCUUCAACGUGGAAACUGUGACGUAUAAAAAUGUCAAAUUCAACGUGUGGGACGUAGGGGGGCAAGACAAAAUACGACCGCUCUGGAGGCAUUACUAUACAGGCACUCAAGGUCUAAUUUUCGUGGUAGACUGCGCGGACCGCGACCGCAUCGACGAGGCGCGCCAAGAACUCCAUCGGAUCAUAAACGACAGGGAGAUGCGCGACGCGAUCAUACUCAUCUUCGCCAAUAAGCAAGACUUGCCCGAGGCAAUGAAACCUCACGAGAUACAAGAGAAGCUGGGCUUGACGCGCAUCCGCGACCGCAACUGGUACGUACAGCCGUCGUGCGCGACCACCGGCGACGGACUGUACGAGGGGCUCACGUGGCUCACCAGUAACCACAAGUUAUGAGCUGCGGAGUAGGCGGUCCAGCCGCCACCAUACCGCACGCGCCACGGUGAGGUUAUCGAUGCCAUUUAAUUUAAGUAAGCUGCGCCGGCGCCGUCGGUUAAAUUUAUUCCAUUGUGAACCAGUGCCGAAUUGGAUGCGUUAUGUCAGUGAUGGUUCAAAUAAUCGCGGGACACUAACUGUGCCGCCUGUCGUCUGCCAGACAUUGUUAGCUAAACGUUGAGCCAGAUGACCUUUACACCAACGAUAAAUUAAUUAUUCCAUUAUUUAAUUUAACAAAUUAGCGGUUUGUUGUAUAUCUAAAUAUAUUUGAUUAUUUUUUUAUGUUAUUUAAAAAUGAAAAUUAUUACGUAGAGUAAAUGUUUUUUUUAUUAUCAAUUAUUAUGGUCAAUUUAAUGUUUACCUUCUUUGUAUAAUAAGGUAUAGAGUAUUGAAGUGUUGCGAGCGAACAUGAUGCGUUUACGCAGUAUAAAUUAUUGUAUUUGCUUUGGAUUGCACGCCUGCCGAUUUGAGGUUAUGUGUGGUGGCUUGACUUUUGCUUGCAAACGAAACUUAUUGUUUAUGAAUAUGGUUAAUGGCCCAUAAUGAAUAAUAUAUGUAAUAUAAAACACCGUUUAUUCUUUUAUGUAUUUGAUUGAAAAAAAUCAUUCAACAGAAUAUUAAAAUAUUUAAAUUGUAUUAAAAAAAAAGGGUGAUCAACCUCUGAUGAUGAUUAUUUUAAGUAGUUGCCAUGCCUCGCAGUUAGAUUUUUAUAUAAUUUAAACAGUGAGUAAAUUUGAUGAAUGAUUUCCUGACUGUAAUUUAAUAGGGCGGCAUUAGUCAAGCUAACAUUAUACUUGUACAUAAAGGUCUCAAUAUGUACAUAUUGAAAAUAAAUAUUGUGUUGAUUUUUAAUACGAUAAUAUUACAAGUUUCGUACCGAUAAUAGUAAUUUGGGUGAUAUCACUGUAUAAUUUCUAAGUUCUAGUAAUGAGUUCGUUUCUCAUCUCAUCCCACGAUAUUGUUCAAAACAAUAUACAACGAGUAACAGAACUGAUGCAAUUCAAAAUGUAACCAAUUUAGUUUUUUUUUAUGUAAUUGGAAACAAGCUGAAUAGAAAUA